AUGGAUGAAGUACUUUCCAUAUAUCAGGGCCACAGGAUAGUCGUUCUGGCCACGCUGGCUGGUGUGAUCGCCCUUGUCGUAUCUUGGCUUCGGCGAGAUGCCGACACGAUUCCAGGUCCCAUGGCAUACCCGCUGAUCGGGGUGGGCUACAAGCUUCCACCCAGAGCGCCAGCGCUGUUUCGACAGUGGGCAGUGGAGUAUGGGGAUAUCUUCAAGAUACGCGUGGGCUGGUACAACUGGGUGGUCAUUAACACGCCAGAAGCCGUCCGGGAGAUUUUGGAGAAGCAGGCCGUCAACACCUCCUCCAAAGCGCCCUCGCCCAUGGGCCACGACAUUGUUACCGGGGGGAAACGCAUGCCCACGAUGCCAUACGGACCGCACUGGCGGGCUCAGCGAUCAGUCGUCCGCCAGGUCACGACUGUGCCAAUGACGGCUACAUUUGUCCCCAGCCAGGAGUUCGAGGCGAAACAAUUGCUCUUCGACCUGGCCACCGAUAAUGAGAAUCAGCGCAACUUCUACCAGCACAUGCGUCGCUACGCGUUCAGUAUCAUCAUGACGAAUACGUUUGGCACCCGCAUCAAGAACUGGGACCACCCAGACGCGCAGAACGCGGUACGCAGUCAGGCGAUCCUCAGGAGAACAUCGCGCCCUGGGGCUUUCCUGGUCGACGAGUUGCCUUUCCUGGCACGCUUGCCAAAGUGGCUCUGGCCUGGUCGCAAGGAGGCGCAGGAAGCGGCCCGGGAAGUCUUGGACAUUAAAAUGGGACUCUGGCGGAGACUGGAAAAGCAGUUUGAGACUGGCAAGGCUCCUCACUGCUUCGCACGUCGCAUUAUCGAAAGUAAGGACGCAUGGUAUGCGCAGGGGCUGAACCAAGAAGAUUUGGCCUGGGUGGCUGGGGGUCUUGUGGAAGCCGGUUUCGAGACAUCGGCGGCAACACUGAACAGCCUUGUACUUCAUCUUGCCGCGAACCAAAGGGUCCAGAACAAAGCGCAUGAGGAGCUGAUGUGUGUUGUCGGGCCCGACCGUCCGCCGACCUUCGACGAUAUGCCGAAUCUGCCUUAUAUUCGCGCCUGUGUCAAGGAGAUUCUGCGGAUGAAUCCCAUUCUGGCCCCUGGUAUUCGACACUACGCUGCCCAGGAUGUGGUGUAUAAGAACCACGUCAUCCCCAAGGGGACGGUGCUGCUUGCCAAUACUGCUUUCCUACACUAUGACCCGCAGCGGUUCGAAAAGCCCUUUGAGUUCAUGCCGGAGCGGUACCUCAAGCAUACCCUAUACAGCUCCGAGUACGCGGCGAUGAGCGAUCCGUACAAACGGGAUCACUUCACCUUCAGCACGGGUAGGAGAACGUGCCCUGGGGCGCGUCUGGCAGAGAACUCGCUGAAUAUAGCCCUCUGUAACAUUCUCUGGGCCUUUGAGAUCCGACCGCCCAUCGUGGAGGGCGUUGAGACCGAGAUGGACUUGAGCGACAACGCGUACCCGGACGGCGCGUUCACCAUACCUCGGCCGUUCGCCGCCAGGUUCCUGCCAAGAAGUGAGGAGAGGCUGCAGAUCGUCAAGAAACAGUGGCAAAUAGCGACGCAGGAGGGCUAUGAGUUGAGGGGUGUAGCGGUUGACAUCGAUGGUAUCGUUCAGUACUGA